GUGAAGCGCGCUCUGGUGCAGCUGAUCAGCGCCAUGGCUCACCACGGCUUCCUGGAGCCGCCGGCUGGGGAAUCUCUCCUGGAAUUCCUGAUCCGCCAGUGCGCCCUGCCCCCGGACGAGGUGAAGCGCGCUCUGGUGCAGCUGAUCAGCGCCAUGGCUCACCACGGCUUCCUGGAGCCGCCGGCUGGGGAAUCUCUCCUGGAAUUCCUGAUCCGCCAGUGCGCCCUGCCCCCGGACGAGCCCUCGGGAAUUCCGGAGGAAAAUUCCGAGGAUCCCACGAGCGGCAGCGUCCGGAGCGUCAGCGUCAGCACCCUCCUCCUGCUCAGCUCCACCGUGCCCAGCAUGAGCCACGUUCUGUGGCCGUUCCUGUUGGAAUUUCUGCUCCCGGCUCCUUUCAGCCCAGCCCUGACCCCGCUGUGCCGCAGCCUCGCUUUCCUGGCCGGGAAAAUCCGGGAAGAGCCUCCGGAAAAAAGCCCGGAGCGCCGCGGGAAUCUUCCGUCUCCUCAAGCGCUGCUCGUGAGGCUCCUGGCCGUUUCCUGCCGUCCUUUCCUGGAUCCCGGGCGGGGCGAGGCCGCCCUGCGCCUGCUCCGCCUCCUCCCGCCCCAAUUCUCCCACCCAGAGCUGCAGAAAACCUGGGAAGAGGAAAUCCCGAUUCUCCUGGAGCAGCUGCGAG